UCCUUCCUUACAGCAGAAAGAGUGUCUGUUUGUUUGUUUGUUUGGUGGAACAUAACAGCUUAAAACCCGGCUUAUACACUCGACAAAGAAAGUCUUUCAUACCUUUCUUUCUUUUUCGAUUAAAGGUGCUAGGUAGCGAGUAAAUUAGAGACAGAACCCCGGAAACUUCAAGAUAGCGAGAGUGGACAAGCGCUGAUGACACCUGGCUGUCACCUGUCACUAAGGAUGGUGGCCUUAUUAUAAGGAGGCUGUCAUUCAUAUAAUUUAAGUAUUGGAGGGUUAUUCUAAGGCCCUAAAAGACAGCUCAUCUUUGCAGCCUACCAUACCUUCCAUUAAAUAUAACGCAAAAUUUGGCCUCUAAAAUUUUGACACAGUCAAACCAAGGUGAGAUAAAAUAUCGUCACCAACGUCACAAAAUUCUCAAAUAUGUCCAAAAAAUUACUGGUAGCAUUUGAUUUUGACCAUACAAUCAUCAAUGGAAACAGUGAUACAAUUGUCAGGGAAAUGCUUCAUGCUAAGCCACCUGAAUUGAAACCUUCUGAUUCUUGGACAGAGUACAUGCAGACAAUCUUUAACUUGUUACACAAGCAAGGAAUUAAAGAGUCCACUUACUUAGAUGUCAUAACUAAAAUCCCAGCCACUUCCGGUAUGAUAGACUUUCUGUCUUUUCUAAACCAACCUGAAAUUGAGGUCAUCAUAAUAUCUGAUUCAAAUUCAAUAUUUAUUAAAAUGUGGCUUGAAGCUACAUUUGAGGAGGAAAGCAUAGUUUCACAUGUGUAUACAAAUGAAGCUUAUUUUGACUCCUCUGAUAUGUUAAAUAUAGCUAUGCACCAUGAUCCUCCUCAAGACUGGUGUGAAAUGUGCCCCAAAAAUUUAUGCAAAGGUUUUGUUCUAGCUAAACAUUUGAAACAAAGAUUAGAUGAGGGAAUAGAAUUUAACAAUGUGGCCUAUGUUGGCGAUGGAAGAAAUGAUUUCUGUCCUUGUACUAAACUUCAGGUAAAAGACUACAUAUUUCCAAGAAAGGGGUAUUACCUUGCAAAAGUUUUAGAUAAUUCAAUUGCAAAGCCAAAUUUCACAAAUGAGGUCAAAGCUGUUGUUAAUGUUUGGGAAACUGCAUUUGAUAUCCAACAACACCUCUCUGAAGUUCUCUAGCAGUACUCAGCAGUCCUCCAUUUCAAGUUUAGGGGAAAAUAUUCCCCAUGAAGGAUAUGUGCAUUUUUGGCUGUCAUACUUUACUUAAUUAAAAAAUACAGUUCUGUGCUAUGCUAUACUAUAAGACAAAGCCAAGCUUCAGGUCCAAAUAGUUUGUGAAACAGGUUGCUGCCAACAGACACAACUAUCUUAGCUUCAAGCGAGGCUCAGAGAAGUAACAAAUUCAAUUGAAAAUAGUAACCUAAAAUUAUUAUUAAUUAAUAAAAUGAGCAACGGUGAAAUUUGUUAAGGAACUCAGGCAGAAAUACAUGCAUUCUACUAGUAUGUCUUCAUGCCAUGCAUUUACUGUCCAUUUUUAUUACUUAAUCAUGUAAGUUUUAAAUUUUAAAAAAAUUGUAAUAACUUUACAGCGUGUCAUCUUUUAUCAGACACGGUGUCAGAGCUCUGCUAUAAACCAAAUUUUUCGUCCUACUUCAGACUAGCAAAGCUUGGGGUCAGUUCCCAUCAAGUGCAGUCAAAGGAAGCAAUUUUGCAGAACCCUGUAAUAUUACCUGUUGUAGCUCCUAAGGACAUUAGCGUCGUUAAUUUGAGCUCCAGAUCCGAGUAUCAAGAUGAUCAGGGCU